AUGUUUACAGCUAAUUUUGAAGUAUGUAUGUCUUUGCAGCCUUUAAAAAUGCACUGCAAGAGUUGUGCGUUGGUAACCAGCUCUGGACACCUUCUGGGAAGUAAACAAGGUGACAGAAUCGACGAGACAGAAUGCGUAAUACGAAUGAAUGAUGCACCUACUCGAGGUUAUGGAAAAGAUGUUGGAAACAAAACGAGCGUUCGAGUCAUUGCACACUCCAGUAUUCAGAGGAUUUUGCGAAAUCGCAAUGAACUCUUAAAUAUGAGCCAUGGUGCUGUGUUUAUCUUCUGGGGUCCUAGCAGCUACAUGAGGAGAGAUGGUAAAGGCUUGGUGUAUAAUAACCUGCAGCUGAUGAAUCAGAUACUGCCUCAAUUAAAAGCAUAUAUGAUUUCUCGCCACAAGAUGCUUCAAUUUGAUGACCUUUUUAAACGGGAAACUGGGAAAGACAGGAAGAUAUCCAACACUUGGCUUAGCACGGGCUGGUUCACAAUGACUAUCGCGUUAGAGCUCUGUGACAGGAUAAAUGUUUAUGGCAUGGUGCCACCGGAUUUCUGCAGGGAUCCUAAUCAUCUUUCCGUACCUUAUCAUUAUUACGAACCUUUGGGACCUGAUGAAUGCACAAUGUACAUUUCACACGAGCGGGGACGAAAGGGCAGUCAUCAUCGUUUCAUCACAGAGAAACGCGUGUUUGAGAACUGGGCACGGACAUUCAAUAUUCACUUUUUCCAACCAGACUGGAAACCAGAACCACUCACUGUAAAUCACCCUGAGAUUAAACCGGUGGUCUGAGGGAUGAAUGCACAAGACCGCAAUCACAGUCACCCACUGCAUCAGCCUUUGGGGUGUUGGACCUUCUGGGACAGCAAGGCGACCCAGAGGAGAAGGGUAACAGGAUUUGCAGCUGAUGACUGCAACAACAGUCAGGAAGUUACGAUGAAGGAGCAGAGCGUAUCAAGAGUACUUUCUGUCAAACUGUGUUAAUCCAGUAUAUAGCCUUUUCUGGCCAUCUGACUUCCUAUAUGUGUAUGUGAUUUGUGAAAAACAACUUGAGUAUCAUUAACGGCUGGUUAAUCAUUACGGUUUUUUAAAGUACAAUGCCACUGAAUUUUCAUAGUGAAAACUUACGCUAUUUAUUUAAUGGAGGUUUUUUAUGCAACCUAGGCCAGUAUUUUUCUAAGUCACAGUUAUGUGAUUGUCUAUCUUUCAUAAUCUUUCAAAUCCCAAAUCAAGAUUGCUGAUGGUUUGAAAGGCCUAGCUUUUUAUUUAUAAAAUUUGUUUGAAAAAUAUGAUUCUAUAUAGCAUGUAAUUAAUAUUUUAUCUGGAAAUGUUGCAUUUCUUUUAAAAAUUUUGGGCUCCGUUCCAGCCUAAAGCCUUUAACAGCAAGAAUGGUCCCAUGUGCAGAUCUAGCUAACUUUACAUUCUGACAUCUCAUGU